AUGAAUAAUUCAUCUAGUAUACUUCUAUUUUCACUGUCUGGCGUGAGUGUGACAGUGACUUACAGAGUCACACUUUUCUUACUCACUUUACUUUGUUAUUGUACAAUUUUGGUGGUAAAUGUGUCUCUCAUUUUAACCAUAAUAUUGGACAAAAACUUACAUGAACCCAUGUACAUUUGUUUGUGUAAUCUGUGUAUCAAUGGACUUUACGGGACUGCAGGAUUUUACCCUAAAUUUGUUUCUGAUCUUUUGUCUGACAUUCAUUUAAUAUCGUAUGCAGGAUGUCUUUUGCAAAUUUAUGUCAUAUAUUCCUAUGCAAUGGUUGACUACUCCAUUUUAGCUCUCAUGGCCUAUGACAGAUAUGUGGCCAUAUGUCGACCACUGCAGUAUCACUCUGUGAUCUCUGUGCAAAGGAUUGCUGCGUUAGUGAGUUUUUCCUGGCUUGUACCUCUGUGCGCAGAAGCCUUGAUGAUAUCGUUGACAUCCACACUGAAAUUAUGUGGCUCCCACAUACAGAAACUCUAUUGUGAGAACUGGUCAAUUAUUAAACUUGCUUGCAGUUUAACGGCAGCAAACAACAUAAUUGGAUUGUUUUUUAUUUCUUUCUAUUUUGGUCAUGUUCUCUUCAUUGUGUGGUCUUAUGUGUGGCUGGUAAAGACAGCUUUAAAAUCAAAAGAGGGCAGGAAAAAGUUUACACAAACAUGUGUGCCACAUUUGUUAUGUCUGCUUAAUGCUUCAGCUGCUUUGCUUUUUGAUCUUAUGUACGCUAGAUAUGGAUCAACGUCUUUGGCACAGAGUGUAAAGAACUUCAUGGCUAUACAAUUUCUCAUAAUUCCACCUAUAAUCAACCCUAUUAUUUAUGGACUGAUACUGACUAAAGUUCGAAGUAGAAUGAUAUAUUUGUGUAUGAUGGCAGGUCAAAGGUUUAAAUUGAAACACCAGGUUUGA